GGGCCAAUUGCAAAACAGCAAGAAGGCGGUGCUGUCGAUGGCCCUUUCUUGCCCUGACAGAGGCAGUUGAGAGUUAAAGAUCUAUGUGAAAUUUUGUUGAAUUUUUAUGUGCAUGAAUGUAUGCGUUGUCAGUGAGAAGAAACGGGGGGUCAUGAAGGACAUGGAGUACCUUCUUCUUAAGAUGAGCCUGCUUCUGUUCCACGCCAACCCCGUUAGCCUUACAGCAGAGACAGAGAACAAAGUUGUCUGCUAUGGAGUGAACAAUCAGAGCUACAGCUGUGAGUCAGGACACUGCUGUGGGGAGUCUCAGUGCUGUAAUUACUACUAUGAAUUGUGGUGGUUCUGGCUAGUCUGGACCAUUAUCAUCAUCCUGAGCUGCUGCUGCGUCUGUCACCACCGACGCACGAAACACCGGCUGCAGCAGCAGCAGCGGCAGCACGAGAUCAACCUAAUUGCAUACCGAGAAGCCCACAACUACGCCUCCCUUCCCUUCUACUUCAGGUUUUUGCCAAAUUAUCUCCUUCCAGCCUAUGAGGAGGUGGUCAACCGCCCACCCACCCCUCCUCCCCCUUACAGCGCGUUGCAGCCCAGCCCGCCAGCCGACGCCAGCUCCCCGAACCCCGAGCAGGCCGACAGACGGCCCUCGCCCGCGCAGUCGGGGCUAGCUCCUCCCGCCGCGGAUGCCCUCUCCCAGUGCCCUAGCAGCGAGGAGCUUGAGCCCCCUGCUGGCUACAUCCAGCGAGGAGACAGCAAGGCCCAGCUGGUGCCCGAGCAGGGCGGCCCCCAGCUGGCCUCCGCGCAGGACCUACCGGGCCGAGACAAAGAGAUGGACUGCCGCAAGGAGUUACUCAGGGACUUGGGCUCGGAGAGCUGCCUGGAAGACAAGGAGAAGACGCCGGGUCGGCACCGGCGUUUUACCGGCGACUCGGGCAUCGAGGUGUGUGUGUGCGGCCGGGGCAGAGAGGGCGAGGAGCUGAAGGAGCUGGAUGGGCUGUUGGACGACAGCCUCGAUGGGCCCAUGGACUUCUGCGAUGGCUGUAACUCCUGUGACCCCCGGGCCCCCGGGGAUGAAGAGCAGGGCCUGGCCUUGCCCGAGAGAGCUCUGGACCCCAGCGAGCCACCCGGCCCCCGGCCCCCGGUCUGUCUGCUCCUGCACACCAUCAACGAGCAGGAAGUGCCCAACAGUCAGCCUGGCAGCACUGACCCUCAGAGCUGAGCGAGCAGGCAUGCUGCUGGAGAACAGAACGGAGGCAGAGAAAUGAAACACUUUACAUUUUUAAUUCUGAUUUUCUUUUUCGUCUUUGUGUGGUGGUUAGGGGGGUUUCGUAAAGCACCGGACUCCGUGACGGUCCGACCUAGUGAAGCCUUAAGUAAAAUCAGUGCAGUCCUGUUUUCCAACGAAGAGAAGGACACCACCCCCCCACCGCCUAAUCUACAGAUGUAAUCCCUUCAAAAGCUAAAAGGAACAAUCUGCGCUGUACACGGGAGAUGCAUCUGUGCUCACUGAAAGAGGAGAGCUGCUUCUCACAGAGCAUUACAGCCCCUCCAUAAUGCAUAGUGUCAUGACCGCCAUUUGCAUUUUGCCCUUACUGGCAGCAAUGCUUGACACUCCUGGAGGGGCUAAAUUGGAAUGAGGAGCCAGGGAGGAUGGGUUCUGCAGUUUUUUGAAGAUGCCGAAUGAGAUCCCAGGAGUAAAAGCUCUUAGCAGGAUGUGUCCUUGCCAUUUUUAGCAAAGUCACAUCCUUCGGUUAAUUUCACAGGAAAAAUGGCUCCAAUAACUCAUAUUAGCCCCAUACAAUGGGCUAGGAGACUUGAGAUUGCUGGUUUGAAUAUUUCUUAAUAACUUCUGGAUUUUCCCCCUCUUUUUAAAGUCUUUUUCCUGCUGUGCAGAAUGCGCAGUGCAAGCAACACCCAGUACUUUGGAGAGCUAAUUAUUUUUAUCACAGUACUUUUUUCUGAAAGCCAAAAAAAGCAGUGCAUUUUAAAAGGAAUUAUCAUGCAGCAUUUCCGUACCUUCAUACAUUUUUAUAUGGGAUAUACAUUUACAUCAAGGGACUUUGGAAUAUCGCACAUGAAGAUUAUCUUUAAUGGUGAUACUGGGUAGUUCAUUUGCUACUGCAUUAAACAGCCCCUGUUUGUUGGUGGUGGCAGGAAGGACAAGAGACUACUUCAGGAGUGUUGUAACUGUUUGCUGUUAUAUUCUUCUCACUGUUUUUCUUUGUUGGUAUUGUAAAGGAAAAAAUACAAGGCAGAAGUUGAUUGAAUCCUUAAAUACCGUGUCGAAUUAAGUCAGAACUUAAAAUGUAGGAGUUUAAUUUUUUGGGGGGGUGUUAAAUAUAAAAAGGUCUUUAUUUCUGUGUCUUGCUAAACAUCAACACAUCUGUGGCCUUUCUGAUAUUAACAUAGUCAUUCAAUAUGUCUGCCAGGUAAUCAGUGAGUACUGUUCUAUGGAGGAAUGUAGAGGUGUACAGUGAAUACAUUUAUAGUAAAGUUCCAAUGAUGAUGCAUUUGCAGUUAGACUAGGUAAGCACUGGUUCCAGAUUUAGUGUGCCUUAGACUGAAGCGUAUUGGCUAUACGCUGCAUAAUCUAAAACAUUUCUUUAAUGUGGUGACACAGUAAUUGUCUAAGCCCAGUCAGGAAGCUUUGAAAGUUUUCUGUUAGUUUGCGAAAUCAGUAUAUUAUCUCCUUUCUUUCAUUGUCAUAAAAGCAACUGAAUGUUUUGUUGCAUGAACAUCAUAUACAUAUACAUAGUUUUUUCCGAGAGCAACUUGUUUGAAAUUUUACCCAUUAGUGUUACAGGAACAGUGAGAAAUGUUGUCAUGAUCUUACAGCAAUGGUGAUGAAGUAUUUCCAUCACAGUAGAAUGUGUGGUUGGGUUUAUGUGAUUUUCUGAGUAGGUGACACUGACAUAAAGAGAAUAAAGUGAUCAUUUUAUAGUAAUGAAAACUCCAAUGUGACAAGUGUCAACGAUCCAUUUGUUAUUGACUUCUGUUUGUACAGCUGGAGCUGUUUAUUUGGAUAUGUGGCUACCUCGUGAUUUUGUAUGUGUUGUUAGGAUACCAAGUUGGCGAGUAACACCAUGUCAAAGUGGAAUGGUAUACUGUUGCACCCUUCAGUAGCAGCGUUAGCAAAAAGAUUACAUUUCCUAAGACAAAGGGUAUAAAAACAGGUUAGUGUUUUCAUCAAGUCAUGACAAAGAAGACUUGUUCGCAUCAUUUUCUUUUUUGGAUUCAUGAAAAUCUGGAGUGACAAGUUCAGCACGUUCUUAUUUGACAGUCACAGGAGAGAUGGUGAACUAUGUUAGCCCUUGUUUAAAUGGGCCAUGUCCAAAUUGCUAAGUAUGUCUGUGUGUGUGUGUCCUGGGGUGAAAAGUGAUCUGAAAAUUUCUUUUGGUUGCCUGAGUGAUAGUCUAAGCAAGGACUAUUUUUAAGGUGUUAUAUGAAAAGCACAUUUCCUGUUAGCUGCUGGAUGCAAGUGAGUGUUGAUUUCAUGUCUGAUUCACAGAACCCUUGAAUGACUUGAGAAAAGUACAGGGUAGGUUAAAAAGUUGAAAUACAUAAUUCAUUUUGCUUUUGAAUUGUAUGCUUAAUACAAUCAUACUGUACAUACCCAGACUGGGAUGUCACGUUUUGUUUAAUUGGAGGCAAUGGCCCAUUUCUUUAGUUUUCUGUAUGAAACUGCUCCAAACACUCAGUAUUAACUCAAGAGCUGAAAUUUUGUAUUAUUUUUAUUUUCAUUUUCUCCUUGUUGAACUCUGCCUGACCCUAGGAUGCAAGUCUAAGAACUACGUUUUGAUUGAGUAGGUAGAGACAGAUGGGUCGGGGGCCAAAUUCCUUUCAGAUUUCCCCAGAUGACUUAAAGACAAAAAAAUCCCAAUUAUUCAUCAUAAAAUAUGAUAUGUAUAUGUUAAAGUGAAAAAAAACUAAAUCCAGCUCAGGUCUCAGAUCCUCAUCUGCCAUUGUUUCGAAAACAUUAAAGAAGUUAUCUUCUUUCUCAUUUCCAUUUUCACUCAUUACUUGUCUGUUACUUCUGUACAGAAUGUAAUCUUCUCUGAGAGACCAUUCCAGAAGAAAAGCUAAAUCAGGGGAAAGGUUGUGGGCAAGAGCCACCCACUAUAAUUAGUGUUGUACCAAAAACAAGAUGCACAUCUGAAAGCAGUUCUUUGCAGUUCCUGCAAAACAAUUUGUACAGUAUUUGUCUGGAGCUGUAUUUUUACUGAGGUUAAAUAAAAACCACCACCCAGUGUUCACAACAUAAUGAGGCCCAAUCUACAUUUUCAUUUAUUUAUUCAAAUCCUAAUUCUGUUUUUAACUACCCUGUACUUUGUCCGUAACUGAAACAUUCUGAUUCCAAAAUUGCAAUUAUAAACCAAAAAGAAAACACCUCAUUGGAAUUACAUUAUCAUGAGCCAUAAAGUUUUUGUCUCUGAUGUCUGCAGAAGUUGUUCAGACGAUUAAGCCAUUUGCUAUUCCCUGUCAUGGUACAGCCUAGCAAGUCACAUGGACCAGCUGGUAAACAAUGAGCCAAAAACUAUUACAUUUGAAAAAUAAGCGUUAAUUUAUUCUAUGUUACCAAAAAGAUUUCUCUGGGAUUAUGGUGUGUAAAGAAAGGGGAAAAUACCUAUCUCAUGUUUCCAGUUUUGACUCAACUAGGCUUAACCUUAACAGGGUGUCAUUGCACUAUCUUUAAAUUUAAGGACGUUUUGAAGUAGUUGAUUGGUUUCCUGGGCUAGGCAUUAUAUUAUGACCAUCGUUGAGGGAUGCUAUAUGAUGAAUUGUGAAUCAUAGUCUUCUUCAUUACAUCAACAGGAUGCCUUUGUAUUUUUGUUUGCGUUUUACAUAAGGGCCAGUAUGUAUUUUAACUGAGAACAUAAAAUGUAAAGUAAAAGAAAAUUCAAGCUAAGAUGUGUAAUUUGUCAGUUAUUUCUUUUUCUUAUGAUGUACUUAAAGAGGUGGGAGUGCAUCUACAGCAUCACCAUUGGGGCAAAAUUGUUUUGCCCUCAUCCUGCCCUUCUGAUGUGUUCUUGUCUUAGGCUGACCUUGUAACAAGCAGAUUGUAUAUGAUGACAUAUAUACGCUGCUUAAAUUUGGCUGGAGGAGUGAGAAAGAGGUGGUUUUAGUACUUGAGACAGAGCUGCUUGACUGAAAAUGCAGUGAAAAUUGUAAACACCUUACACAGUAAUGGCUCCUUUUUUUGGAAAUGAGUGAAUUGAAGCUAUUUUAAAUGGACAUAUAACUCCUUUUUGAGUUUUUGUUUUCUUACACUUAUAUAUGAAAAACCGCAAUGAAGUGCAUCAAUGUUAAACACUGCAUCUUCUGCUGCAUAAUUUCUGGCUAUUGGGAUUUGGAAUCCUUUUAAGAAGCGGCUUUAGCUAAAAGAGUAUUUAUGCAAUGAGUUAAAUGGAUCAAUCGGUUUAAAUGAUGCAUUGCUUAAAGGAUACAACAUCUGUAUCCACUCUAUAGUCUUACAACAAUGUUCUGUGGACAUAAAGCGCUACUGCAACCGAGUAAUCUGAAAUGUUAAUAUGAGAAUACUGACAAACACAUUGAUGCAGUGUAUGUAACAAGGACAGCUUAAAUGAACAGGGAAUUUCAGUUUGUUUUGCUUUUCCAUUUUAAAAUCUUAGAAAAACAUGUUUUUCUAGACCCCAUGUUUGGCAUUUAUAGCAUUUUUCUUAAGAAAAGUGCAGAAACAUGUUCAUUUAAAUUAAACACUGAAGUUAGAUUGCGAUUACCUUCAAAGCCUUACAUGAAAAUGCCUUACCUUCAUUAAAAUUUGUAGUGAUGCUAAUGGUUCUAGGUUUCCAAAAUAUGUCAGCCAGAAUCUGUUCUUGAAAUAAAAAAAAUCACUAGCUUCAUUUCACAUCUCCUGAAAAAGUGUUUCCCCAGAUUUGGAAUAUUUCAUUAUGCUUUACAGCUCCUACUGUGAUUGAUCAUAGUUUAGCAGAGUUCUACAAGAGAUGCUUUGUUAUCUCAAAAGAUUUCUAAGCUCUAGAAGUCACAGUACUGCUUGACAGGAAGUCGUGUAAUUUUAAGAAACCAAGUCGGAGAACAGGAUGUUUAGUUCAGAUAACUGAUCAUUUCCAUUCCUGUAUUUCAGAAGGUUUAGACUUGGAGGGGAAAGAUUCCCUUGUUUCUGAACAGACUAAGCACAAUGUUGCAGUAAACAGAUACUUAUUUAAAAAGUAUGUAAGCUCCCAGUGGCUUGGAGAUGGGUAUUGAAAAUGUCUAAAGUGUAUCCAUUCUAAUGUGGUACAGACUAAUUAAACCAUUGAAACUUCAUUGCAUUACAAGUGAUUUUUGUAGAACUGCACUUCUGUUUUUAAAAGAUCAGAAUAUGUUGUUUGCAUAAUCUUAUGGCAAAGUUACUGAGUAAGAAAUUUAAAAACAAAAUAAAAAUGUUUUUCCUGUU